CAUUGAGUUUAGUCUUCGUGUUAUAUUCGCUAUGUGCGGUCGUGAAAGCGUCCAUGUAACGCAAUGUGACGACGGCCGGCCAACAAACAAAACAAAGUAAUAAAAGUGAAAAUUUGUCAAAUCAAAUAGCAAAUAAGCAAGCAUAAACUUGCAGCAGCCGUCGUGUCGCGUUCGCUGCAGCAAUCAAAAAUCUCGUUCGUUCACGCCGUAUAACGGUAAAUGUAAGUUGCAUGCCACAAAUGUGAUGUGAUUUAUCAGUGAUUUGUGCGAUACCGUUAUAUUGGAAUUUGUUUUCGUCUUUCACAUUUGGUGGCAGCAACAGCAUGCCACAUUUGUGUAGCGGCAGGCGUGCUUGUUAUUAUUGUGCUGCGUACGCUUCGGUUUCGUAUACAGUUAGCAAGUGAAAUCGCAUCCGAUUUUCGUCGUGCUAAUAUACUUAUAUAUAAAUAUAUAUGCGUAUGUGUGUGUGUGUGUGUAUUUGCAUUACAUUUUCGGCCAAAUCGGGAUACACUCCAAUGCUCCAGUUUCGUAAAAACAACAACAACAACGACAACAACACAUAAAGCGAAGCAGCUGCAAAUCAGUAAAGUAAAAAUCGCUAAAGAAGUCGGCGGAAAAAAGUGAUUCGCAGAAUCCCCCAUAUAAAAAUCGAAAUGCCAGCAAAAGUGUAAAUUCUGUUGCAAGCGUCGUCGGCAAGUGUAUGAACUGCAUUGUGCCACAGCACACAGCACACACCAUACAACCGCACCCGGCACCCGCUGCAGUUUCGUUUAUUCGUCUCGUGUGCGCCGUUUCGUAUGUUCACAUGGUUUGAUUCGUGUGUUGCAACUAUUUGUGGCAUUUAAAGUUUCUGAUUCGCUAAAUUCGUGAGGAACGCUGUUCGGUCGCGCGUUCUACAAAUUUUGCAUAUAACGGUGAAUUUGUGAUUUUUUUUUUGAUACAACCGAUUGUGAAAAUAUAUAUAGAAAUAUAUAAAAAUACAACAAUUUCGUUGCAAGCGCCGCACGACAACAACUCAUACUGCAGUCGAGAAAUCUCUAUAAAAAUCAUCAAAAUCUGUGCGAAAAAAUGUCUUAGCAUAAGCAUAUGGAGAGAAAUAAUAACGGUAUUACCACUAAGCAGAAAUAAGCGCAGAGAAACCAUAAAAUUUACACUUGAGAUUAACACUAAAUAUGUAAAUCAACUAUUUACUGUAAUCUGGAUAUGUCUCUAAAUGCAAGGACAAGUCGCAACCUAAGCAAAUGCAGAUAGCAUAGAUGAUAUUAGCUAAAGCAUUCAAUUAGCAGACAAACGUAAAUAAAUUAAACACAAAACGCUUUAAAAAUUAAUAAAUGCACGACAAGUGCUAACGAAAUACCAACAAACAACAACAAAAAUGCAUAUACUAAAUACAACAACAACAAGCAGACAACAUUGUAACGCAGCAGGACGCGUAUGUUAAUAAUUUAAACACAGUUUCCUGUUAAUUUCGAAAUGCCUAUAAUUUGAAUUGAUAAUUCAUGCAGAUAGCGGUGCAAGAGCAACGAGCGACACAUACGAACGCAUGCAAAGAAAUAACUACAUUGGCAGUAAUCAUUACAACCGCUAGUUGGCAAACACGCACACCGGCAUUUGCAUGCAAAAAUAACAACAACAAAAAUAAUAUAUAAAAAAAAAAAAAAAUCAAAAAAAUUUUUAAUGGACAAACGUGCUAAAUGCAAGCGGUCAAGCGUGGAAAUUUGAUGUGAUUACCGCGUCUGAAUGCGAAAUGCAAAAUAAAGGCAAAAACAAAUAAAUGACAACAACAACAACAACAACAGCUGGCUUGUAUGUAACCACAAAGUGGUUGGCAUAGCGUAUUUGCAAACUAAAAGCCAUAAUUAUAUAUUAAUAAUAAUAAUAAUAAUAGCAACAACAACAACAAGGACAACAGCUGCAACUAAUGCCAGCUUAGUUUUGACAAAAUACAUAUAAAUAUCUAAAUUAUUUAAAGCCAUUUUAAGCGCGGCAGAAAAAUCCGAACACAACAAAAUGUCAGCAAAACCGAAACUAUGGGAGCGCUGGCUAUACAAAUCAAGUAUGGACUAUACGAGCUUAGGUUGUUGUACGCUUGCUUUUGUGCUGUAUCUGAAUACACUGAAUGCUGGAUUUGUUUAUGAUGACAGACGCGCCAUACUGGCCAACACCGAUGUCUCCGGCCAUACGCCUUGGCAAAGCGUCUUCCAGCAUGACUACUGGGGCACACCGCUCACCGAUGCCGGCUCGCAUGGCUCCUAUCGCCCACUGUGCGUGCUCAGUUUUCGUUUCAACUUCCUGCUGGGCGGCUAUACACCGUGGGGCUUUCAUCUCAUCAAUAAUCUGAUGCACUGUUUGGCCACCGGUUUGGUAGUGAAGCUGGCGCGUUAUUUCCUAAACUCCGUUUGGGGUGUGCUGGCGACGGGCGCCAUCUUUGCGGCGCAUCCCAUACACACGGAGGCUGUGGCGGGUAUUGUGGGACGCGCCGAUCUGGCGGCCUGCAUCUUCUACCUGCUGACGUAUCUAAUGUAUAUGCGGCAUAUAGUGUGGCGUGAGCGUGGUGAGGUGCGUCAGUGGUGGGCGCUAAUACUGACGGUGGUGUUGUCACUUGUAGCUUUACUCUUCAAAGAGACGGCGAUAACGGCGUUACUGGUGUGCGCCAUAUUCGAUGGCUUACGCGGACUGUGCGGCUUUCGCGACAAGCAUCGCAUGCGCACGCUCUGCGUGUUGGCCGUAUCGCUGAUGUGCAUCGUCUACUGGCGUCUUCUCGUGCUUCCGCGUCCACAAACCGCCUUCUCAACCGCAGACAAUCCAAUCGCGAAAAUGCCUUCUUUGUGGUCGCGCUUACUGACCUUCCUCUACCUGCCGGUCUUCAAUUUCGGUCUACUCGUGAGUCCGCGUGUGCUCAGCUUCGAUUGGGGCAUGGACGCCAUACCGCGCAUAACCUCACUACGUGACGAACGCAAUCUACUCAGCUUUGCUUUCUACGGCACGCUGGCCACAUUGGCUUUCAGAAGCUUUAAAUAUUUGUGGCGGCGCCGCUCGGAGCGCAUGGCAAAAGAGCAGCGCCAUGCACAACAACAGCAACAGCAAUUGCGUAAAUCACGUCCGAAGAAGAAGUAUCGCAUGCCGGACAUAACGGCCGCUGCAUUGGAAUCAAAUACGACCUACAGCUUACUGGAUGCAACAACAUUAAGCCGCGCGCCUUACAGCAGUAGCGCAGCAACCAAGCCAACGUCAUUGCAAUCGCUGUUGCAACCGGAGGCAUUGCCGAGCGCCACACACCUGUCGUGCACUUGCCACGAUUGCAAGCAGGAGCUUAGCUCGGCGCAUCAUACCGCUACGUGUCGUGCCCUUAACAAUAAUAACAAUAACAAUAUGCAGUGGCUGCAUGCGAACGCGUUCAGCGAUUGUUGCUGCCAUCAGCUAUUUCAGUCUUCCAGUGGCACACCACACCUGCUGGCGGUGGCUCUGCGCAAAGCGCUCAUGGCGGUGGUGCCGCGCGCCUCACGCAGCAGCAGUCGUUGCAGCAGUAGCACGACGGCCAGCAACAAUAGCUCCGGCAGCAAUACCUCCAGCAGUAGCAACUGUAGCAGCGCGCAUACAGCGGACGAACAACAACGCGCGUCACCUAUUUUGCUGACGCCACGCGCCGCGCAACAUACCAACAAUGCGUGCAUACUGCUGAUGGCAUUGUCAUUCCUAACGCUGCCCUUCAUACCAGCUACGAAUUUAUUCUUCUACGUCGGUUUCGUGGUGGCCGAACGCUUGCUAUACUUGCCCAGCGUUGGCUAUUGCCUGCUGGCUGGCUAUGGCAUCGGCAAGCUGAUGGAGCGUGUGCGUUCGCCAGCAGCGCGCAAGCGAAAAGUAGCGCUCAUACUGGGUCUCAGCCUGCUGUUGAGCGUGCUUGGCGCUCGUACGGUGCAGCGCAACUACGAUUGGUACGACGAGGAGAGUCUCUUUCGUAGCGCGGUGCAAGUGAAUCCACCAAAAGCUCUCGGCAACUUAGGAAGUGUACUUAGCUCUCAAGGACGUUAUGAGGAGGCGCAAGACGCGCUAAUUGAGGCAAUUAAGCAUAGACCAAACAUGGCGGAUGUGCAUUUCAAUUUGGGAAUUUUAUAUCAAAAUCAGCAAAAUCAUAAGGCUGCAGUGGAGUGCUUUCGAAAAGCGAUACAGUUUCGACCAAAUUUAGCAGUGGCAUUCCUAAAUUUGGGCGCAUCCCUCAUAGCAUUGGGUCGUUGUCGCGAGGCGGCACAAAUCCUCAAGGAGGGCACACAGCUGAACGGGGCCGGUGUACGUGAUCGUCCCGCACAUGACAAUGCACGCAUCUCGGCCUACCUGCAACUGGGCGCGCUCUAUGCCGAGCAAGGCAAACUGCAGCGAGCGCUGGCUGUCUACCGCGAAGCGUUGCAUGCGCUGCCCUCGACGUACUAUCAGCGUGAUGUGCUUUAUAACCGCAUCGGCGAUGUCUUCGGACGGUUGCAGCAGUGGAAUGAAGCGGAGCGCUAUCACUAUGCGGCGCUGCAGUUGCAGCCGAAUCAAGUGGCGGCGCACCUGUCGUAUGGUAUAACGCUGGCGCGAAAUAGCAGCCGCGCCGCAGAGGCGGAAGUGUGGUUCAAGCGCGCCUUGCAGUUGGCGCCACAGCAGUCGAGCGCGCAUCACUAUUACGCGGAGUUCCUCACUUCCCAAACGCGUAGUGAAGAAGCGCUCUUUUAUCGCAUACGCGCCGCUGAGCUCGCGCCUGACGACUACGCUUUAGUGGUGGCGGCCGCCACAGCGCUACGCCUGUCCGAGCGCAAAGCGGAAGCGGAAAGCUGGUACCGCAAGGCUGUUGCGAUGCGUCCCAACGACGCGCAUGCGCACACCAAUCUGGGCGCCAUACUCCAUUUGCUGGGACGCACCAAGCAUGCGGCGCACAGUUACCAAGAAGCCUUACGCUUGCAGCCUGGCGAUCCGACAACACUGGGCAAUCUCGCCAAACUGGGCGUCAUAGAACCCAAAUGAGUGCAUUAGCAUGCGGCCAAGCAUGCGCGAAUUGAGGACGUAUACAUAGCGGUGGCAAUUAUAUUUAAAGAAAUGGAGCGCUGUAUAGAAUAGAGACGCGCGCUAUAGAAGAGAGGCGCGCUUUGUAGAAGAAAGGCGUGCCUUGUAGAGGAGAGAUGCGUUGUAUAGAAAACAGGGCGCGCUUUAUAGAAGAGAGACGCGUUCUAUAGAACAGAGACGCGCUUUAUAGAAAAGAGAGCACUUUAUAGAAUGAAGGCGCGCUCUGUAGAAAAGGCAGCGCUCUGUAAAAAAGAGAGGCGCUUUGUAUAAAAAAAGAAGGGUCACCGCUUUGUUGUAAUAUGUGUCUGUAAGAAACGACUGCAGCAGGAAGCAAAAUGUUUUGAAUAAAAAUUUUCCGUUUUCAUACAGUUUGUUGUGCAAAACAAGAGAGAGAGAGAGUAUUCUAAUAUUUUUGUAAAGCUAAAUACUAAUUAAUUACAUAUAUACAUACAUACAUAACAGUACAUAAUUAAGUAACAACAAUAAAAAUGGACUUGAACAUGCAACAAAGUAUCAAUAACCAGUACCAAACAAAACAGGAACUUAAUGAAUACAGUUAUAGCAUAAAAAUAAUAUGAAAGAGAGAUCGAAAGAGAGAGAGAGUGUAGAGUAAAAUACAAAUACAUAUUUACAUAUGAGUAUAUAAUGUAGUUUAGCCGCUUGUAAAUAACAGCUACUUAUACAAAAUGUUAAGACAAAACAAAAAAACACAUGUAUUUAUGUAAAAAAAUGAGAAAAUUCAAAUUGAAAUUACAAAAAAAAAAACAACAAAAAAUUCAAACAAAUUAUUUAAAAAAUCAUAUGUCAGCAAGUCUAUGUACGACAAACAAAAACAAACAACUGUUGGCUUUUGUGUUACUUGUUUCACUAAAUUCUGUAUAUCUGUGUGUGUGUCUGUGUACAAUUACACAAUAGAUACCGUUAUGUCAUGAAAUUCAGUAAUUACAAAAACAACUUGCGCAAAUUGGCAGCGAAAUUUUGUUUGUGUGUGCGUUGAAUUUACUACUACAUGGCUUUGAUGCGGCGAAACUCUGUAUAAAAUUACCGUUGUAAAUACUAUAUGAUACGGA